UGAGAGGGAUCAGAGUGCUUGUGAAACACCAGAGGAGAAGAGCUUUGCUUUAGAGAACCCGGAGGAGGAGGAGGCCGUGGCCCCGGAGUCGGAGGAGGGCUCGCUGGAUAUCCCAGGCAAUCUGGAGGAGCUUGCUGCCCCACAGGAAGAGCAACCUGAGGAGCAACCUGAACACAAGCAGUCCUUGAACCAGCCUGGUGAGGAAUCCCUGGAGGGAACAGCCAAUGAGCUGGAGCACAAGCAAGAGAUAACGCAUUUAUUGCAAGCACAGGAGGAGAAAACUCAGCAGUUCCAGGAGGAGAUGAGGCAGACAGAGGAGGAGGAGGAGGAAGCAGAGAAGCUUUAUCAGCAAAAAGAAAAAUCCCUCAGGACUCUACAGGAAGAUUUGGCAAAGGUCUCUGAGGAAGAAGAGCUGCUUAUUAGAAAGGAGGAAAUGGAGAGACUUGCAAAGCUGCGAGCCGAAAUUGCCUCAGAGACUGAAGCAGAGGAGGAGAAGAUAAGGGCAGAGCAAGAGGUCACACUGCAGAAACUAAGAGGAGAGUGGGAAAUCCAGCAGGUCAUGGAGAAGGAGAGCCUGGAGAGGAAGCAGCAGCUUGUUUUGGAGAAAAUGAAGCUGGAAAUGGAGGAAGCUCAGCAGAAAGAGAUGACCAAGCUGGAGCAAGAGAAGGAACAAGCCCUGAGUGAGCACAAGUUGAGAAUAGAUGGGGAAAAGAAAAAGGCAGUGGAAGAGCUGGAGAAGCAGUUUGCAAGUGAACUCCAGCAGUUGAAAUCAGCAGCGGAAGAGAAGCAUCGUAAGGUCAUUUCCAGCCUGCAAACCCAGAUAGCAGAAGCACAGAGGAGGGAGAAGGCUCAGCUGCGGGAAGACUUGCAGAGAGCAGAGCAGAAAGUGCAGCUAAAAGCCUAUCAAGUAGCCGAAUACGAACGCGAGCUCAGUGAGCUCAUGAGAGAGAAACGCCAGGAAGUGGAAAAAGACCAUGAGAGGAAAAUGGAGAGGAUGAAACAGGAGCACCAGGAGGCCCUGGCACGAGUGCAGGAUCAGUAUGAGGAGGAGGAGAGGAAGCAAAGAGCAGAGCUGCAGGACGGCCUGCGGGGCGAGCUGGGGCGCCUGCGGCAGCGUCACGAGGCGGAGGUGAAGGCGCUGCAGGCAGAGCUGGGCGAGCGGCUCACAGCGCUGCAGCACGGGCAGCGGGAGAAGGAGAGGAAAGUGCAGGAAAUGGAAAGCGAGCUGGAGAUGCGCAUGAAGAAUGUGCAAACCAGAUCAGCACAGCUCCUGAGCCAGGAGGAGUCUCUGAGGAAGAAGAGGCAGCAGCUGCUGGAGGAAGACAGGCAGGCUAAGCUGGAGCGAGAUGAAGCUGCUUUAGCCUCUCAGCUCCGGCUAGAGGAGAGCAGGAAGGAGCAUUCCAGCCUCCUCGAGUCCAUCCGGCAGCUGCAGAGGUCCGUGGAAGAGCUCCAGGACAAGAAGGCUGAGCUGGAGGCUCAGGUGGACUUGCUGCAGACCCGAAAGCAGAGGCUACAGACACGCAAGAGUGAGCUGGACGCAGCCAUCAGGAGCAAACAGGACACUUUGAAACAACUGGAGGAAGAAGAAAGUGUGGAAUCUCCAAAAGAGAAAGCUGAGCUCCGUGCUGAAGACCUGAGAGAAACUAGUCCAGCUUACUCAUCUGGAGAGCCUGCUUCCCCACCCGCCCAAAACCAUGAGGACAGCGACCUCCAGUUUGAUCAUGUCAGGAACUACAUCUCCGCGGAAGGGAUCUCCGUGAACCAGACCCGCUCCAUGAGGAAGAGGUGCAUGGCGCUGAAAGCUGCAAAGCAGCAGUGGCGCCAGGAUAUGCAGAAGGCCCAGGAGGUGCUGCAGGAUCCUGACAGUUCCCAGCACCUGGAGGGCAUGCGCAAGAACCUGGCAGAGGAAGCAAAGCAGUUGGACAAGAUGAAGUCUGCUAUGCGGAAAGGACAGGUACUGCUCAAGAAGAAAGAGGAGAAGCUGAGCCAGCUGGAGUCCUCGCUGCUGGAGGAGUUUUCAGAUGAAGACACGCUGAAGAGCGCUGCGUGCAAGAAGAUGGUGACUUUUGAUCUCAGCGACUCCGAGGACACAAACAGCACAUCCAGUGUAAAUCUAGAUAAGCCUGAAUUUGAUUUGAGAGCUGAUUUGCAGGCUGUUGCCGAGCCAGAAAAGGUCAAGUUCUUGACAGAGUCUGUGAUGCGUAUCUCUAGUGAACUCGACAAGGUCCUCGGUGUCUUGGGCUCUCUGAGCAGCCAGCAGUCUCCGCUCUUCACCUCGACGCCCCGUGGCAACACCCCUGUUUCUACGUGUGCCUCCUUGCCAGGACUUCAUGCAGGUGGCUCUGCUUCCUCCACCAGGAUGUCUUUGGUGGACCAGUGGGCCUGGAGCACUGUGAGCUCUGAUAACUCUCUUGCAGCUGGACGGUCAGUGGACAGCAUCCUGGCAGACAAAUGGCGCAAGUAUUUCCCAGGUGGAUUCCCAACGCGCAGUGGCAGUUCCAGGCUUCCGGGCAACAAGCUGGGAUACGUACCUGCAGAGGAGCAAAUCCGCCUGUUCCAGCGCUCCAAGUUCCAGAGCUAUGAGUCAGAAAGGACAAAUAAUAUUCAAGGAAUGAUUGAGAUGAACAAGAAAUGGCUGGAAGACUUCAAGAGGGAAUCAAAAAUGGAAGAGGAUUUGCUUUUCCCGGCACUCUGUUGCCGCGUGUGUGAGAACCGCGGCGAUUACGAGAGCAAAAGGACAGCGCACGAUUACUUUGCCAGGACGAACACAAGCCCUAAGCUCAUUAAGGGGCUUGGCCUCUGCCUGCUGGAGAAGGAACACCUGGGGAGCAGCCUGUUCCAUGAGGAGCCCCUGCCAUACCUGGUGUACCAGCCCCUGCCUUGGCAGAUCCAGUGUGUGACCCAGAGCCGCCGUACCAGCCGGGACAGCGAGAGAGGCAGGAGCUCCCGGCACAACAGCAUCUACUCCAUUUCUGGAGAGAAAGGCAACGUGACCCCUGAUGCCAGCAGCCAGAGCAAGUUCUUCAGUGAUCCUUCUGAGAAGGCGGCCGUCACCAUCCAGACCCACUUCAGGAGGUACCAGCAGCAGAAGCAGGAGAAGAAGUAG